GAUUAAUUUUCCACCAAUCUACAUUAUUUUCUGAGUUCCUGAGAAAGAGUGAAAUCUAAUAUAGUGGUUUUAAUGACAUCAUUUCACGUCACAACCAACACAGACAUCUCGUUUUGUAGAGCAAUCUACUUUGUUGUAUCUCAUUAGAAUGAAUAGCCAAAGGUCCAGAACAUCCCCGUUGUACAGUGGUGGGGGUAUCAUUUUGCUUGUAUGUCCCCGGGUUGUUCUGCAAACCAGAGAUCUAAUUGCUCUUGAAACAAAGAUCUGUCUCUUAUACUUUAAAUCCAGGUCUUCAACACUACAGUUCACAAAAAAAUUCUAUGGGGCUCUUUCCAAAAUAAUCAAGUUGAAUAUGUUCCUUCAAGAAAAUUAUUUUCACAUGUACCUUAUUAUUAAAUACUUCUCACAACUGUGAUUAGUAAUUUUGUUUUUCUUUUGGCAUUUUCACGCAGCUGGUCAUAUGGCGUUCUUCUAUGGGAAAUGGCUACCAUGGGAGGGGUCCCAUAUCCCACACUGACCAAUUCAGAGCUGUGUAGACGUUUGAAGGCUGGUUAUCGCAUGGAAAGGCCAGACAUGUGCUGUGAUGAAGUAUAUGAAUUGAUGUGCGAAUGUUGGAGGGAGGAUCCAUCUUCUCGUCCCAGUUUCUCGGAGCUGAUUGACCGACUGGAGGUGAUCAUGACGAGGGAUGUACCAUAUUGUGACUUGGACAAGCAUGAUGAGUCACGCUCUUACUACAACGUGCCCGCUAAAGCUGAUAGCAAUAGCGGAUAAGACCCAAAACAGGGAAAUGUUGAUAAAAACACAUUUCAAGCCACAUAUAGCAUUAAGGCCCAUCGUAUAAAACGUACAAGGUAGAUCCUAUGAAAAUAAUAUGGUACAAAGAGCUCAGUGUCAUGAGCAUGUUCAGUUUAAAAAAAAUUGAAAUUAAUCCUUUUUUACAUCGCGAUAUAGUCAUCUCAUGAUAUAGUCAUCGCCUCUCAAGAGGUGCUUAUUGAACAUCCAGGCAUAGUUUUUAAGCCUAGCCAUGAGUAAACAUGAAUAUGAGUAGACAUGGGUAAAACAGUGGCACCUUGUUUUGAUUCGAAGUUGUCAGCAUCUAUAGCUUAUAAUAGUCAUUCCUUAUGUCUGUAAGUGUUAUUUACUAAUUUUUCACCAUACAGUGUAAAUUAUUUAGUAAUAGCAGAUUGCUUUUAAAAUUGUAAGGUUUGUUUU